AAAAUCAGCUGUUUUUGUGACACUUUCGAAAAAUCUCCAUCGCUUCUCUUUCUGUACGACGAAAAAACGAGUAAAAAAUGAAUUUCAUUACCCGACUAGUGGUUCCACAGCUACGGCGGCUUCCCUUGGCCCAUCCACCUGCUAGCUGGAACCGUGCCACGUUGGUUUCCCCAGGGAAUGUGCCAUUUUAUUCAACGAAAACAUCGAAACCCCAGGACCCAGCAGUUGCCGGUGCUGCGAACCACAACAAAAAGGCAAAAACAUCACCAAAAGUAACGCUCAUCGCUGCGGACGAAUCCAUCUCGAUUGUGAAUUUAGAUGAGGCCGGAAAGAUAGCGAAUCGACGCAAUUUGAAGCUGGUAAAGAUUACUGACCUUGACACGAAAACGCAACGUCCGGUGUACAGACUGAUGACCGGUUCGGAAUACCUAAACGAAGACCUAAAGCGCCGCGAGGAAAAGAAGAAAUCCAAACAGGACGCCUCGGUUAAGGGCGACAAGCUGCUGACGAUCAGUGCCCGCAUCGCCGAGCACGAUCUCGCCUCGAAGAUCCAGAACGUGCUGAAGUGGCUCAGCAAAUCGUACGAAGUGCGUAUCGUGGUAACGGGCGACGGGGCAGGCAACAAGGCCAAGCAGGAGGACAUUGCGCAGCGCUUCGAGGCGAGCAUAAAGGACACGGGCAAGAUUGUGCAGAAACGGCUGCGGGACAACGACUUACGGUUUAACAUCCUGCCAACUGCCGGCGGUAGUGCCGUGGGCGGUAAAAAAGGCCUGCUGGAUGUGAAGGAGACAACGAACGGGUUGAAUGAACCGCAAGCUGCUCGUGGCCUACACACUCAGACCCGCUCGGCGGCGUGACAAUCACAGCGAAGGGAUCGAGAAGCGCAAACCGUCACGAAACGGUACACGGUGACAGGAUGCGUUGCCGUAGUACUGUUCGCGAAGUACGCUUUCUGGGCCUAUCUACUCAGGGGUGACCGAUGACCCGGCCGGCAAGCGGGUCGUACGGUUUUUAAAGUAAGGUAAGACAUAAAGCUAGCUCAAAUAUAGACUAAAUCCAAGGUGAA